GUGGAUAAGUUAAAAAAAAAAUGAUGUGACUUCCUGAAUGACCUCCAAGCCGAAAGCCCUAACGCCACACCUUAAUUCAUUGUGAAUUUUGUUCCUAGCCCUCUGUAUUCCUCAAUGUAAUUUCUAGGUAAUAAUAGUAAAGAGAAUGGAGGCAAAACAGAAUCGUCUCUCCACCUCUGCCCAAAUAAGUAGUAGGACUCAAAUGCAAAAAAAAGGAAGAUGUGUCCAGUCAACUCAACCCUGUUGUAUUUUGCAAAGUUAAGCGUUCUAGGCCAGCAGAGUAACACAUCUAAGUGAUAUCUUGUCUUUUUUAAAAAAAAAUGAAGUUCCGUAGAUACGAAUUCGGCCAAAUAACAUCGGCCCAACUCCAAGUCUCCUCCUACCUUCUUGCACUACCAUUAAUGGGAUUGUUUCAGAAAUUGUACUCUACGUUCCUGAACUGCUAGAUAUAUUCUGCUGCUUACGAAUCCUGGCAUAGAGACUCGACAUCAAGUAAAAUUAAAUUUUAGACUAGCCCUCGGGGCCGCAGAGGUUGCUCAAUGGUUAAAGGCGCUUACUGCUUUUUACAGAGAACCCCACCCAGUUCAGCUCCCAGCACCUAUACUGUAGGAGAUUCGAAACUCUGGUCUUAGUGAGCACAUACAUUCAAAUGCACGAACACACACAUAUAAAAAUAACAUAAAAUAACUGAGGGAGGGAAGCGACCCAAAACCGAAAGAGAGUCGGAACUUGCUAAAACAUGUAGUUUCCUUGUCUGUUCCCACCCGGACUCAUUUUUCUGGCCCCAGGAAGUCGGGGAUUGUGUGAUUCCAGUCGCCGGAAGUGCUGAUUCUGUUUCUGGUUGGAUUUGUUCAACUUUUCUGCCGCGUGAUGGUGGCAAGUAUGUAUAAGGGCUGUAUGUAUUUGGGCAGGAGGUUGUGGGGGGCUCUCUAAGGUCUGGUAAAUAAGAGAUAUACUGUCAGCCCAGACAUCUCAAGGAUUCUUGUGUCUAAAUUCCGCUCCUAUCUCUAAAGUGUUGGCUUAAGGCUCUCAGUGUGGUUGCUGCAUCGGCGACAUAUUUGAUCGUUUUCACGUAGAUUUGCGGAUGGAGCGUGGGCUUUCUAUCCUUAAUCUCCACAUCACCUGCCGUCUCUGGGCUUCAGCCUAACACUUUCUUUAAAUAUUCCCAGAUUCGAAAACACGUGCUACAGUGGUUACAGAGUUCCAAAAGGUGUACAGUUAAUAUAUGGAAAUCGUGUAGUUACUUUGUUCACAACUAAGCUACUGUAUUUGUGGCUGCUAUCAUUAUUUUAAGUGUAAAUUCCUAAGCUCCGACGUAGACAAUAACUAAAGAGGAUAGACAGGUUAACGGGAAUAAAAGGUAUGACUGUCAGGUUUAUUUAUUUAUUUAUUUAUUUAUUUAUUCAUUUAUUUAUUUAUUUGGUUUUGGCUUUUUUUCGAGGCAGGUUUAUUUAUUUAUUUAUUUGGUUUUGGUUUUUUUCAAGGCAGGGUUUCUCUGUGUAGCUUUGGAGCCUGUCCUGGAUCUCACUGUGUAGACCAGGCUGGACUCGAAUUCACAAAGAUUCAAAGAUUCGCCUGGCUCUGCCUCCCAAGUGCUGGGAUUAAAGGAGUGUGCCACUACCGCCUAGCUUUUGACCGUCAGUUUUAAACAUGAGAAAACUAGCACCUAAGUAAGUGGUAGAGAUGUAUACUAAAUCCAGAUGUUCAGUUUCUGCACAUUGCUCUUUUUGGACAGCCAAAACUAAGAUAAUCAGGAAAAAAAAAUUAUGAUUUCCUUAAUAUGUUACUUUGAGAAAAAAAAUUUUUUUUAAGAUUUAUUUAUUAUGUGUACAGUGUUCUGUUUGCAUGUAUCCCUGCAGGCCAGAAGAGGGAGCCAAAUCUCAUUACAGAUGGUUGUGAGCCACCAAAUGGGUGCUGGGAAUUGAACUCAGGACCUCUGGAAGAACAGCUAGUGUUCUUAACCUCUGAGCCAUCUCUCCAGCCCCAAGAAAAAAAUUUUUUACCUUUGUAAAAUGCGGACAACUAAGUGAUAUAUUGUUUUCUGUAUAGCACCUUUGCCUCAAAUUCAGCUGUCCCACUUAGCUGUAAAAAUAUAUUAAUCAGAACUGCAUUUUCUGGAACAAGACUCUGAAUAGAGACCAGUAUGCUUCACUUCAUCCGGAAAUUUUCUGGAGCCUCUUCAAAGAUGCUGAAGUACCCUUUUACAGUGAAACUCAGAACCAGCAGAAUAGAUAUACUUUCUCCUAAGACAUCUCCUCAGCAGAACCUUUUCCCUUUGCCUCCAAGGACUUGGCUUUCCCCAUCAUUUCAAGUGUGUAUGAAGAAGAUACAAUGCUAUCAUGCAUCAUCAUGCAAUUUUAAAAGAAAACAGAAGGAAGCAGUCCUUCCCCCCAGGACACCAAGCACCAUCACUUACCUACCUGAUAGCCCAAAGCCAGCAUUAUAUAUAAGUCUUGCAGGGCUAAUCCCCUUUAUUGCUCCACCCCUCACCAUGGUCAUAACAAAGUCUUAUAUCCCCAUACUAGCUCUUACUCAGAUGGCUUAUGGAGCCAGUUUCCUAGCUUUCUUGGGAGGGGUCAGAUGGGGCUUUGCUCUGCCAGAAAGUAGUCCAGCCAAACCAGACUACAUUAAUUUAGCUAGUAGUAUGAGUCCUGUUGUAUUUUCAUGGCUAGCCAUCCUCUUUUCUGAAAGACUCAGUGAAGCCAUAGUCACGGUAGUAAUAGGUUUAGGGAUAGCAUUACACAAUGAACUUUUCCUUUUGCCGCAUUAUCCCAACUGGUUCAAAGCCUUGAGGAUAGUAAGUACUGUAGUGGCUUUUUGCUCAUUUGUAGUCACUUUAAUACUUAAAAGCAUUUAUCCAGAAAAAGGGACCAAGAAAUUUGUUUAAGUAGAAAUAUAAAACUGCUUUGCUGUGGAAUAGCCCUUAUGUACACUGUGAAGAUGUGUUGCUCUCAUUGUUAAUAAAGAGCUGAUUAGCCAAUGGCUAGGCAGGAUUUUCAGGACAGAGAGAAUGCUGGGGAGAAGAAUGGAGUUAGAGGAGGCACCAAAAGACUCAGAGCCAGCAGGAAAGUAAAUACAUGAGGUAAAUGAGCCUCAGGGCAGCAUAUAGAUGAAUAGAAAUGGCUAAUUUAAGUUCUAAGAACUAGCUAAAAACAUGCUUAAGCUAUCGGCCGAGCAUUUAUAAUUAAUAGUAAGUUUCUGUGGUUAUUUGGGGAGUGGCUGGUGGGACUGAAAAGUAACUAAACUACUUUACUGAUAUUGCUACUUUGCUAUAAGUCUUGUAAACCUGCAUUUUUUUUUCAAUAUUAAAAAAAAUUUUUUUUUUGAAGUUAUGUCAUGGGGGAUAUGUGCACAGAAUACAGUGCCCAUAGAGGCCAGAAGAGGGUAUUGGAUUCCCUGGAGCUGGAGUUACAAGCAGUUCUGAGCCACUCAAGUGUCUGGGCUGGGAACUAAACUUGGGUCCAUAACAAUACAUGAUCUUGACCACUGAGCCCUCUACCUCUUGCUUGUAAAGUUGCAUUUUAGCAUCACACUUGGGUUCCUUGUUUGGCUCUUUUUUCCUCCAACUGUUGGGAAUUUAUUCUUCAGAAACAGAUUUUUUUUUCAUUUCUAAAAAUUAUUCCUUUUAGCCAAGAGAUGUUGGCCCAUGUGUUUAAUUCCAGCACUCACGAGGCAAAAGCGGGUGUAUCUCUGAAUUCAAAGCCAGCUUGGUCUAUAGAGUGAGUUCCAGACCUACACAGAGAAACCCUGUCUCGUGUCUCCCACCCACCCCACAAAAAAUAAUUAUUGUUUGUUUGUUUGUCUCACUAUGUAGCCCUGGCUGUCCUGGAACUCACUAUGUAGGCAAGGCUGGCCUAGAACUCAGAGAUCUGCUUGCCUCUCUCCCAAGUGCUGGGAUGUGGCUGCUGGCUCCAAAGUGUAGCACCUAGCCCUGAUCCUUCCUUUGUUUAACCAUGCCUUUUGUUUCUCUUAUGGCCCUAUGAAUCUUGUCUGAGAGUCAAGGAUCAGAAGAGUCUCCCAAGGAUCAAAGGCCUAUGCAAAACUUGGUUCAGGAAACCAGAAAACUGUGGUAUCUGAGAAAUGAAGUAAUUUGCACUUGGCAUUUUAUCUCUGGGAGCUCCUUUUAGGUUGCUUUGAAGGUAUAGAAAUUAACUGGCUAAACUGUAAAUAGAGAGUACAUAAAACUGCCCUAGGCGAAGGGAUAGUGCUACAGUCCUUUGAGGUUGGAAUCCCUGCAGCUGCAUAAGGCUAAAUUUAUUCUUAAGGUGCCUUUGAGUCUUCUUUCCCCUCCCCCAUCUGCAUGAACCCACAUAAUCUUGGUGGAACUACAGAGACACUGAGAUUCUUAAAUAUUACUUGUAAUUCAUCUUGAAAAAUCUAACCCUUUAUUGUGUAAUAUGAGGUUAGUUUUCAUCAUCUUUUUGUGAAUUGUUAAGUCAUCUACUUAAACAUUUCAGUGUUUUGAUUAUAUUGAGAAUAAAGACAAGAUGAAAAUCUAUUGGUCUAGUAAGCAUGAAGUCACAUUUCAUGAAAAGAAUACUCCUACUUCAUUAGGAAGUCCAUGACACCUUGAAAAUAAAUGUAUUUUUGUCAAUUUGAAUAGCACUUGCCAUUGGAAAGUGCAUUUUU